AUGUCCGGCAAGAUCGAGAAAGCAGGUAAGCGACUCCGGCACGGCGGGAGGCCCCGGCGACGGCGGAGGGGAGCCGGCCGCGGUGGGCGCACUCACCGCCUUCCGCUCAGCGCCUCCCCCCCGCCGCGGCCCGCCGGAGAUUCUGAGCGUUCCCAUCUCUCCUCGUUCACUAUGAAGUUGAAGGGCAAGUUUCACUCGCCAAAAAUAAAGAGAACCCCUUCAAAGAAAGGCAAGCAAGUGGACCUGACAGUGAAAACACCAGAGAAGGCAGUCAACAAAAACGUGUCAUGGCUGGAGGAGAAGGAGAAGGAGGUCGUCAGUGCUCUGCGCUACUUUAAGACUAUUGUGGACAAAAUGGCAAUUGAUAAGAAAGUCCUGGAGAUGCUGCCAGGCUCUGCAAGCAAAGUGCUGGAAGCCAUCCUGCCCUUGGUGCAAACUGAGCCACGCAUCCAGCAGAGUUCUGCCAUCUCGUCCUGCUACAGCCGUGUCUACCAGAGCCUGGCCAACCUCAUCCGCUGGUCAGAUCAGGUGAUGCUGGAAGGGGUGAAUUCAGAGGACAAGGAGAUGGUGACAACAGUGAAAGGUGUGAUAAAAGCUGUUCUGGAUGGAGUCAAGGAGCUGGUCAAGCUCACCAUUGAGAAGCAGGAGCAUCCCUCUCCCACAAGCCCAGUGAAGCCCAGCUUGCCAGCAUGUAAAUCCGACAGCCCCUCAGAGCUUCCCCUCACAGAGCGAGAAAUGGAGAUCCUCAACAAAACGACUAACAUGACCCAGUCCAACGAGCUGCUGACUGACUCCAUGGAUGAAGAAGUUGCACCUCCCAAACCCCCUCUGCCCAGCAUUCGUGUGGCAGAGAACAGCCCUCCACCAGCAUUGCCCCCUAAAAAGCGGCAGUCAGCACCUUCCCCAACCAGAGUGGCAGUCGUGGCCCCCAUGAGUCGAGCCACCAGUGGGUCCAGCUUACCUGUUGGAAUCAACAGACAGGAUUUCGAUGUGGACUGCUAUGCCCAGAGGAGGCUGUCGGGUGGGAGCCACUCCUACGGGGGGGAGUCUCCUCGCCUCUCCCCGUGCAGCAGCAUCGGCAAGCUCAGCAAGUCCGACGAGCAGCUCUCCUCCCUGGACCGUGACAGUGGGCAGUGCUCCCACAACACAAGCUGUGAAACCUUGGAUCAAUCAGAUCACUAUGAUCCAGACUAUGAAUUCCUGCAGCAGGACCUCUCCAACGCUGAUCAGAUGCCUCAGCAGGUGCCAGGUAUCCUCAGCCCACUGCCAGAGUCCUCGGGUGAGUCUGGCUCCCCUUUCCAUGGACAUCCUUUCCAGCUCCCGCAGGGCACCUCUCCUCCCCUGGAAUUCUGCAGCCUCUCAGGAGCAGCGCAGCCGACAGAGACCCCUCCAGCUUUGCCAGAGAAGAAGAGGAGGAGUGCAGCCUCUCAGACCUCAGAGAGCUCAGGCUGCAGGGUGUCCUACGAGAGGCACCCUUCCCAGUACGACAACAUCUCGGAGGAUGACCUGCAGAACGCAGUCUCGCUCCCCCCAGUACCCUUCCCACCCUUUGCUGCUGUUUUGCCUAUCCAGCAAGGAAACUCUUCAGCACCAGUUGAAUUCAUUGCUGACUUUGCUGCUCCAGAUUCUAACAGUGACCCAGAGAAGCCACCACCUCUGCCAGAGAAGAAAAACAAACACAUGAUGGCAUACAUGCAGUUUGUGGAAGACUACUCAGAGCCACAGCCAUCCAUGUUCUACCAGACCCCUCAGAAUGAGCACAUCUACCAGCAGAAGAACAAGCACCUGAUGGAAGUCUAUGGCAUCAAUGACUCCUUCAUCAGCUCAGACCCCUCCCAGGACCUGGCACCUCCUCCUGCUCUCCCACCCAAGCAGCGGCAGCUGCAGGCCUCUUAUGCUGCCUCCUAUUUCUCCUCUGUCUCCUACUGUGUCCAGCAAACUAAAGUGCCCUUCACCCCCGAGGACAGCGCUGCCACUCAGGGCCUCACUAUGUCAGUCUCUAACUCCUUUCUCAACCGGCACAGCUCCUUUCCUGUGCACUCGUACAAAUCCGUGUUUAGGUCCUACUCCCAGGACUUUGUGCCUCACAACCAAGUCUCCAUACCUCCUUUCCUCUCUUCUACCUCCUCCUCCUCCUCCUGCUCCACCCCACCUUUUCCUCCCGUCCAUCCCUCUCAGAGCUCUGACCUAGCGGUGCCCUCCGCAGCCAGCCAGUCACCCAGCACUGUGGAUGUGCCAAACUCCUCCUCUCAGGAGAGCAGCUUUAACGGGAGUGCUGCUGUCUGCCUUCCUUCUGAAACCUCUCUCACUGAUUCUCUCCAGACGCUUUCGAGUGACAACGCCAGUGAGGAAGCUGGGGAGGGUGAAUACGUCAAUCUGUACUCCUCUGGCCAGAGCAACGGGGAAGUCCCAGGCUCUGCAGGAGAAUCUCCCUCUGUCAAAGACUCCAAAGACUCCACUUCAAACAGCAGCACCAUGGGGAAGGAAGGCAAAGAUGGUGCUGAAAGGCAGCAGCAGUCUCCAGACGCUUUGGAGUCCUCAGAGCUGGAGGAGGAGGUGGAUGAGCUGUCCCUUAUCGACCACAGUGAAAUCAUGUCCCGGUUAACGCUGAAGCAGGAGGGAGAUGAUGGCCCAGAUGUUCGUGGUGGAUCUGGAGACAUUUUGUUGGUGCAUGCCACAGAGACUGACAGGAAAGACCUGGUGCUGUACUGUGAAGCCUUCCUGACUACCUACAGGACUUUCAUCACCCCUGAGGAGCUGAUCAAGAAGCUGCAGUACAGAUAUGAGAAGUUUUGCCACUUCCCAGACACGUUCAAGAAGAGAGUCAGCAAGAACACCUUCUUUGUGCUGGUCAGAGUGGUGGAUGAGCUCUGCUUGGUGGAGCUGACAGAGGAGAUCCUCAAGCUGCUGAUGGACCUGGUCUUCAGGCUGGUCUGCAAUGGGGAGCUGAGCCUGGCCAGGGUCCUACGCAAGAACAUCCUCGAUAAAGUGGAUCAGAAGAAGAUGCUGAGCUAUGCCAACUCCAUCAAACCUCUGGCAGCCAGAGGGGUGGCAGCCAGGCCAGGGACUCUGCAUGAUUUCCACAGCCACGAGAUCGCUGAGCAGCUGACCCUCCUCGAUGCUGAGCUCUUCUACAAAAUCGAGAUCCCAGAAGUUUUGCUUUGGGCAAAGGAGCAAAAUGAAGAGAAGAGCCCCAACCUGACACAGUUCACAGAGCACUUUAAUAACAUGUCCUACUGGGUCCGUUCAAUAAUUAUGCUCCAAGAGAAAGCCCAAGACCGAGAGAGGCUGCUCCUGAAAUUUAUAAAGAUUAUGAAGCACUUACGGAAGCUGAAUAAUUUCAAUUCCUACCUGGCCAUUCUUUCUGCACUGGAUUCUGCACCCAUCCGAAGGCUGGAGUGGCAGAAACAAACCUCAGAGGGCCUGGCAGAGUACUGCACACUGAUCGACAGCUCCUCCUCCUUCCGUGCCUACCGAGCAGCUCUGGCUGAUGUGGAGCCUCCCUGCAUCCCUUACCUAGGCCUGAUCCUGCAGGACCUGACCUUUGUCCAUCUGGGGAACCCUGAUUACAUUGACAGCAAAGUGAACUUCUCCAAGCGCUGGCAGCAGUUUAACAUCCUGGACAGCAUGAGGUGCUUCCAGCAAGUACAUUAUGACAUCAGGAGGAAUGAUGACAUCGUGUCCUUCUUCAACGACUUCAGCGACCACCUGGCUGAGGAGGCCUUGUGGGAACUGUCCCUGAAAAUCAAACCUCGCAACAUCACCAGGCGGAAAACAGAGCGGGAGGAGAAAACCUAG